UCAUUGGCAAUAACCAUGGCUAGAAACCUUUCUCUCAAAUCCACUCAAAAACUCCUUUCGGGGUACGAGAUCCCCAUUCUCGGAUACGGUGUCUAUCAAACCCCAACAAACGUGGCGGAAAACGUCACCGUCGAGGCACUCAAGCUCGGAUACAGACACAUCGACUCUGCCGCCGCUUACAAGAAUGAGAAAGAAGUAACGGCCGCAAUUGCCAAAGCUGGUCUAUCCCGUUCGCAAGUUUUCUUGACGACCAAAAUUCCCCCGCGCGCCAACGGUUACGAGGCCGCAAAGAAAAGUAUCGAGGAUAGUCUCAAGCAGGCCAACACCGAAUACUUUGAUCUAAUUCUGAUUCACGCUCCCUACGGAGGAAAAGAAGGUCGUCUCGGUACCUGGAAGGCGCUUGUGGAGGCACAAAAAGCCGGCAAAACACGCUCGAUCGGCGUCUCGAAUUUCGGCGUUCACCAUCUCGAGGAGCUGCAGAUGUACAUCUCAUCGGGUGGUGGCGGACAGAUUGAUGUCGGACAGUACGAGCUUCACCCGUGGCUUGCAAGACCGGAUAUUGUGGACUGGCUGCGAAAGCAUGGAGCCGUCGUUCAGGCUUACUGUCCUAUAGUGAGGAAUCAGAGGGGUGAUGAGCCGGUACUGAAAGAGUUGGGGAAGAAAUAUGGAAAGAGCGCGGCGCAGGUGUUGAUUCGGUGGAGUCUGCAAAAGGGAUUCGUUCCGCUGCCGAAGUCAGUGACCCCGUCGCGGAUCAAGGAGAAUGCAGAGGUCUUUGACUUUGAGCUUACUGAGGAGGAUAUGGCGAAGCUCGAGACGGGCAAGUAUGAGCCUUGUGCAUGGGAUCCUACGGUGGAGAAGGACUAGAUAUCUUCGUAAUAGCUCGCAUAGGCUUCUCAAACCCGCAGAACCACACUUCUAUCAGAA